GCCAGUUAUUUAUCCUAUUUAUCAUCAAUUUUAUGGCUGACUAUUAUGUGUUAUGAUUUUUGGAAAAAUUUUAACAAACUCAAUGUUGAAACGAAUAUAAAAAAGGAUAUGAAACAGUUUAUUAGAUAUUCCUUAUAUGUUUGGCCGAUUACAGUAGUAGCAACUGCAGUUUGUAUAUUCGUAGAACUAUCAUCUAGUGUGGAUGCUACUUAUAAACCGGGCUUUGGAGAAAUCGUUUGCUGGUUACAGUUUAACAAUCGGACAGCAUGGUUUUAUUUGUUUGGACCAUCCUUUUUAAUUAUAUUCCUCAAUUUAGUAGCUUUUAUACGUUUCUUAACAAUUUUUUACAAAACACGACGAGAUGCCGCCAGAUUGAGACGUAAUCAAAAGAUCUUUAAAGAAAAUAUACUUAUUAUUGUACGUUUAUUGCUGGUAUUAGGCAUUCCUAGAUUCUUUAUCAUUAUAUCGUACUUUAUACCAAAAGGUUCAUCUGGUGACUUAUUUACUACAAUUGCUGAUCUGAUCAAUGUAGUUCAAGGUAUUUUGGUAUUUUCAUGUUUUGUUUUGAGACCAAAAGUAUGGCAUUUAGUAAUAAAAAGACUUUGUGGAAAUUCGACAACAGUAUAAGUAGCUGCUCUGAUAUUCACAUUUCUUCACAAUAUACAUAAUUUUUUUAAAUUGUAUGAAAAUUUCCAAUAUGAAUUAUAUAUAAAAUAUGAUUAUU